AAAGAGCGGCCGGCAGACCAGACCAACAUUGACGGCAAGAGCAGGCGGGCAGGCCUCAACCCUCCUCCCCUACCCCCAAGGCCAGCCGUGCCCUCAGCCUAAGCCACCUGCCCCGGGACCAUGGUCCGAUGCUGCAGGAGGAGUCCGAGCGGACACCCACAGCAGGGGCAGGAGCACGGCCAGCAUGAGUGCCAGGACAAGGAGCAGGAGCAGGCGGUGAACGCAGAGGACAUCCAGGUGGACCAGAGGACCCACAAAGACUCCUGCUACAGACACAGGCGCUCUUCCCAAAGGCGGCGGUACAGGGCCUGCAGGAGGAGGAGACGCUCCUGCCAAAGGAGAAGGCGCCAGCGAGGUGCCUGCAGGUCCAGGACCGGAGGCCACAGAAGGGUCAGGACAAGGAGGUGCCAGAGGCGACACUAAACCUUCCGGGGUCCAUCACACACCCCUGGAUGGAAAUCAAGGAAAAGUCACCCGCCAAAGAACCACCCGGUGAGACCAAAGCAAUCCCCUGACGUUGGAUGCUCCUUGCCAGCCCACAACAUCUUGACUGAAAUGCACCAAAGUCAUCUGUCAAAUAAAGCUUGAGAUAAUAAA